AAUUCUGCCUUCAAGCGCUUUAGAACAUACGAAAAAAAUACAAAACACAGAAAAAACAAUAAAAUAAAACUUGGCCAUUAUUUUAGCGCGAAUUAUUUGUAGCUAAAAAUUAUUGUUGACACAAACAUUGAAAUUGUGUGUUGCCAAGAAGUGAGAGGAACGAUAAACGGUCCACACAAAAUAACCGAGGACGAAAGCAAAAGCCGCCAUUUUCACCUCCCCCGCCGCCCACCAAAUGCUAUCGAGCAUGUCGUCCGGAAAGAUUUUGCCCCGUCGCCAAGCGAUUCCCGUUCUCUAUACCAGAGGCACUCACUAUGAGGUCGGCUUCGAUAUGGGUCGCACAUUCGGCUCGAUGAUCAAGAACUUUCUGAUCUUAUCGCAGCCACUGAACGAAACCUACUUGCCGCAAUAUGCGACCACAAAAGGCAGGCAAAUCUAUAAUGAGACGCUUGAAUCGGUGAAAUGUAGUUUUCCGCAAUAUAUACGCGAAUUGGAGGGCGUGGCCGAUGGUGCCGAAGUUGAAUUCCAUAAGCUAUUUCUGCUGCACUUGGACGAGAUAUUGCCGCAAUCUCUGAAGCAUCAGCCUCGCAGCAAGAAUCAACCAACUGGCUGCUCCUCGAUCAUUGUGAACAAGCCGCAUUGCCGCUUGCUUGGCCACACUGAGGAUGCUUUGACAGAGACGCUCAAUCAUUAUUACUUUGUGGUCGCUCACAUCAUCAGCGAUAAGCCGGAGGGCAAAUACAAUGUGAAGGAGGAGCACUUCAUGUCCCUCUGCUAUGCUGGACACUUGCCCGGCUACACAAUGAGCCACAAUCAACACGGUCUCGUGUUUAGCAUUAACACGAUCAGCGCCGAAUUGUUGCGCAGUGGCAAAACACCACGUCAUUUCAUCACUCGAGCGUUGCUCGCCACCAGCAAUGUGGAUGAUGCCUUCAGGGUGCUGCAAGAUGCUGGCGUUGGUGCCGCCGAUGCGUGCUCCAUUAACUUCACCUUCUUGGGCGAUCCUCGGCAAAUGUUCUACAACGUGGAGAUGGCGCCGAAUCCAGAGCGUAAAAAUGAAUCCCAUUUAAGUAUUAAGGAGGUGCCCAUGGGUUCCUUCAAUUUCCAUGCUAAUCAAUUUGAUCGCAUUCACAUGGAUCAGGCCAAUGAGCCCAUGGUGGAAUCGAGUGUCUCGCGAAUGCGUACGUUCUGCACCUACAAGCCGCCGGCCAGUGAGCAGGAUGUGCGUAACAUGCUGGGCGAUGCUUCGGGCGGCUGUUAUUGCGUGUGGCGUGAUAAUGGCAAACCGGAUGAAGUGGUUAAAACCAUUUCUAUGGGCAUUUUCGACUUGAAUGCCAAAACCUUUUCACUCUAUUCGGACAAUCCGAGUUAUACGGAGCCUCACUGCACGUUGCCUCUACUUUACAAAUAGAUUUUUUUUAAAGUGAUUAUUUUUAAACACAUUAUGAACUCAUUUUACUUAACAAAUUUAUUUAGCGCUUUUUAUUUGUGUGCUAUAGGUAUUAUAAAUUUCCAUUAAUAUCAUAUAAGACGUAACAAUAUAUGUACUUUUUUUGUUUGUGGGUUUAGCUAAAAAGAUAUCUGCAUAUAUUCCAAUAAAUAAAUACAUUUGAAAUGGA